CCCGAACAUGGUACACAAAGUUAAAAACUAAAAGUAUAGCUUGUAGAAUGGUAUUUUUUCAUCUUGUUGGAGGAAUUUGACUCCUAGAGUGAUGUCAAGUAGCACAAAUUAUCACCAAGGUCCGUUGAUCCCAGAUAUUGCUUCACAUGUCUUCAGUUUCCUUGACACACAAGGAAAGCAAAAUGUUGCUCGUGUUUGUCGCUUAUGGCGAGAUGUUGUUUACCUGCCUGUACAUUGGAAGAAUGUCAAUGUGGAAUUGCCUCCUUCGUGUUGUGAAGUUCUUGUUCAAAGUCUCGUUAAACGACGCAUAACUCGCAUUAGUUGUCCACGCAGUUCAUCUGAAGAUAUAUCAGUUGUUUUUGCAUUAUUACCUGACAUAACCUACCUGAAUGUUGGAGGUUGUCCUAGGGUCACUGAACUGCAAUUAAAACGUGAAUUUUGCCGCCUAGAGAAGUUAAAACAUUUGGUUUUCAAACGUUGUACAAGGAUUAGUGACACUUUUCUUGAAGCAUGUGCUCCAAAGUUAAAGAAUCUAAAAUCAUUGGUACUUGAAGAUUGUGAAAAUAUAACUGAGUUUGGUUUGAGGACAUUUUUAAAACAUGUUCAUGGCUUAGAAGGUCUUGAUCUAACAUGGUGUGAAAACAUGAGAGAUGUUUGUUUGCGAGAUAUUGCUUUGAACUGUACAGAACUGAAGUCCCUAGUCCUCCGUGGUUGUGAUUGGUUGUCUGCGGAUGCUAUGCACCAUCUAGUCAACCAUCUUCCUAAACUGGUUCACCUUGAUUUCCGAUGGAGUCAUGGCUUGACUGAUGCAGGAAUUAAAAUUCUUGCUGAAGGCUUGCCUAAUCUGAAAUACCUUGAUGUAAAAGAAUGUCCAUUGGUAACCAGCAAGGGUAUCAAAUAUGUUGCCGAGAACUUACAUCAGCUUGUUCAUCUGGCAUUUGGAGGAUCAGACAAUCUGAAUUUGCAAUUCUCAAGUAGUGAUGAUGAAAUUGAAGUAAUGUUCUUAGAAAUUGCAGGCAUGGUGAAGCUACAGGCAUUGCAGUUUGAUGUAGAAGGUCUGAGCGAUGUUUGCAUUAGAAAUGUUUUAAAACGGUUGCCCAACCUGACCAGUUUAGAUAUGGGUUUUGUUGAUAAUCUUACAAACACAACUGUCAAGAUAGUUGCUCAAUUUUUACCAAACUUGCUCUUCUUGUCAUUAAGCAGUCCAUUUGUGUCAGAUAUGGGAAUUACAUUCAUUGCACAAAAUUUGCAGAAGCUUGUCUCAUUAGAUCUACGGAAUUGCCCACUAACAAACAAAGGACUCGCUGAAAUUGCACCUUUUCUCAAGAACUUAAGAUCCUUGGUGCUUUCAUCCCACCAACAUGUAACAAAUAUUGGUGUGAAAUGUCUGGCUGAGAAUGCAAAGUCAUUAACAAGCCUAGAUUUAAUGGAUUGUGAUUAUGUUACUAACGCUGGAGCAUCGUUAAUUGCAAUGAGAAUGACCAAUCUUCAACAACUGAAUCUCUCCUUUUGUCACAAAAUCAGCAAUAAAGGUGUGAUAGAAAUUGCCAAGAACCUGAAGCACCUUCGCCAUUUGACUUUGGAUCAUACAAAAACAACAGACAAAGGAUUUAUUUAUGUCUCCAGAGAACUGCCUCAAUUAUUGUCUAUUGGUUUGGAAGGAUGCAAGAUUUCUGACAGAGGCCUAAAGGCAGCAUCACAGUACUUGGGUAAUCUAGAAGAAUUCAACUUUGGCUCUCAAUUGAUAACAGAUGAUGGUGUAACAUUUGCAUUAAAAUAUUGCAAAGCAUUGACUGAUUUAACAUUGACCUUUUGUCCAAAGAUAAGUAUUGUGAGUGUUGAAUAUGCUGUUCAGAAUUUGCCAUGUUUAACACAUCUUGGUAUAGAACAAUGUUCCCAAGUCUCAAUGCUUGGUAUUGAUGCCAUAAGGCAAUCCAGCAAUGUCACAAUCAGCUCAUUUUGAGUAAGAAGAUGCCUGAAAUGUUAACAUGCAGAAAUAUUCAAAUACUAUGUAAUGUUAUAGUGAAUUAUAGUGUU